ACCGCAGAGUCCGGAUGGGGGAGAAUCCAAAGAAGGAAGCCUUCUGCGCGUAUCCGGUGCUCAGAGAAGGGAAACGGCCAAAGGAAAGAGGAGAGACGCGCCAGAGAGGGCGGCGGGGGUCGAUGGGGAAGUACAUGCGCAAGUGCAAGGGGGCCAUGGGCGAGGAGGUGGCCGCCAUGGAGGUCACGCAGGCCGUCGGGGUCCGGACCAGGUCCAAGGCGGCCGCCGCCAAGGUCGUGGUCUCGAAGCGGAGGAAGCAGGCGCUGCUGCCGGCGCCGCCGCCGGCGACCCUUCCACGGGCGGCCGGGGUUGCUGCCUCUCGCGGUGAAGCUGCAGGCGGCGGGAGCUGCUACCUCAAGUUGCGGAGCCGCAUGCUGUUCAUGGCCCCGCCGCCGGCUCCCAGGGCGGAGGCUGCGGCUGGCGCCGCCGCCGGCCCCGGGGCGGUGCUCGCGGCCGGCCAUGGCCUCUCGCGUUGCUCAAGCACGGCGUCGUCCGUGGACGCGGCGGCGCAGGACAGGAGCCUUCUUCCGUGCCGCUCCGAUGCUGCCAAGGCAGGCAGCGACUACAUUCCGGAAGGCUCGGCCAGCAACAACUCGGAGAGCGGCCGUGACCGUGAGAGGCGAGAGACGACGCCGUCGAGCCAUCGGCUGCCUGCUGCAGGCGAGUUGAGUGACCUGGAGUCGGAUCUGGCAGGGAAAAAUAGCAGCCAGUCGCCGGCGGCGGCCACGACGGCCGCUGCUCAGGAAGCCGGGAGGGCAAGGAUGCCGCCGGCGGCCGAGAUCGAGGAGUUCUUCGCGGCGGCCGAGGAGGCCCAGGCCCAGCGCUUCGCUUCCAAGUACAACUUCGACAUCGCUCGCGGCGUGCCUCUCGACGCCGGCCGGUUCGAGUGGACCCCGGCGGUGGGCAGCAGCAGCUAAUUAAAAAGCGAGAGCGUGCAAAGGGGGAGAGAAGCUGUAGCUAGAAAGUUACUCACUGUAGAGCGCGCCGGCCGUGUAGAAAGUGAAGGCAAAGAGAAGAAGAGAGAAAAAGAUGCUCCAAAAAGAAUAACCGGAAAAGGAGAAACUACAAAAAGAAGCAUUAUAGCCUAACCAACCAACCUCCGAUUCAACUCUUUUUUUUGUUGACAUCUUCUUUCUAAUUUCCUUCGUUCGCAGUAGUAGUUUUCCAGUCCCUCGCUGUAAUUGUUACCUGUAUUUGGAUGAAAUUUUACUGUACAUCAGCAGCUACCUUAGCUGCAUGCACUGCAACAAACUCAAUUAGUUAACCAUCACCAUUAUUUUUCCCCGUGCA